UUUUUUUUGCGGUAAAAUCUUUAGUUUCUCCAAGUCAUGUAAAUAAAAGAUCUGUCGUGUAUCCAUGCGCUGGUUGAUCGAUUCGAAAAAUGAUCGAAGUCAUCGACUUCUACUGGAAGAGAGAGAAUGAUAAAAUAUUGAUCAUCGACGACAUUCGCUGUGAAUCAAGUGACUCGGAGGAUGUCAUAUGCAACAGAUUAUACGAAUACUUCAGUAAGCAUGUUCUUGUAUAUGAUCUUACAGUUUUUAAAUCUUCAUACAGUGUAAAUCAAACAGAAAGUUAUUCAUCCAUGGAAGGUAAUUUCUAUAACUAUUAUGCAAUGUUGAAACUGUACUCUAAAGAAGGCGCAACAAAAAUUUUACAAAGGAACAAUUAUUUUGAUGGUCAACUAUUAAAGGUGAAACAUUCCAACAAGCAAGAUGUCAGUCUUCCAAAAAUAUUUUAUUAUAAAAAGUGUUUUGAACUUGCAAACUACUUACUCGGGUUCAAUGGUUGGUCUCUGGGUCUUUCAAAGUUUGAAGAAGUGCCAGACUCACAAAAAGAAGAUGAUGCCGUAACGCACCUGAACAUUCUGUGCACAGUCAAAUUAAAAUUUACACCUGUUGGAAAGGAAUGUUGUGGAAAAGGCACAGCCAGUGACACCUAUGCGUCAAAUGUUCACGAAGAAAAAAGUGUUGCUUUCAACAAAUGUAAGAAAAGAGCGUAUGCAAAUGCAGUUGAAGAUGCUUUCUCAAAAGUUCUUUUGGUUGUCUUGGACAAUGGAAAAGUUCAUAUUGAAAUAAUCGAACGGUCGCCCGUCAUUUCUGAUGAGGAAAAAUGUAGCUACCUUCACGUUAACAGCGUGGAUGUGUACGUAGACGAUAACAGUGAUGCCGCAGUCGAUGCCGGCGACGAUGGUGCACAUGAUAUAACCGACAUUUCCGUUUCAGAGCUUGCAAUGAAAUCUCAAAAUGCAUUUGUUCAAAUUUAA